CUCCUUUACCUUAGAAUGGGAAAGAUCAGCGACAACGAACUGCCUCACCGAACGAAGAUUGCGGACCUCGUCAUCCAGCGCUUCAAGGCUAAGUACAAUGAGAUGCAGAACGAGAUCAGGGAGUCUCUCGGACGUGUCGCUUGCACCACCGAUAUCUGGUCGAGCGUGAAUAGGACUGGAUAUAUGGCCGUGACAGCUCACUACAUAUCGCGU